UUGAUACAAAAAGGAAAAAUCAACUUCAAAAUAUUUUUACUCACAUUUACAUGUCUCUCGUAUAAUUUUAUUUGCAAAUACAAUACAAAAAAAAAACAUAUAAAAAAUGAAGUCGCAAAGAUUUCUAAAAAAUUUUAAGUGCGAAUGUUACGGCCGCAUAUUUUGCAAUUGUGCUCACAAGACCGCCGAGAGCACGCUCUUCAUGGACAACGUGUACGAUGUUGGCGAGACACUGGCAGAGGUCAUGAUCAUCUGCGGCAUCCACCAGGCCAAAGCGAAGGCGGCCAUCGAUGUGAUCGUAUACUCCUUCAUUCAUUAUGACGAGAUCAGGCAUCGCAUUGACACAGUGCCACGUAAACGACUCUGUAAAGAGGAUCUCAUACACGACCUUGGACGCAAGUGUCUGAUGACUCGUAUGGAGGCGCAGCUCACCUACUCCAUCAUUAAGCGUGCUUUCAAGGCUUUCUAUCACGGCACCAAGGAAGGAGGCAUUCGUAAUCAUCAAAUGGAAAAACAAUUGGUGCACUCACAGGAGUGUUUGUGGGUACAUGCGGCCAAGCGCACGGCACAAAUUUUUGCCAGCUACGAAGGCAUGUUCUUUACCGCCCAAAAGAAUUACGAAUCCCAGAUCAAGUGCGUGUAUAAGAAACUCUAUGAUCGUAUGCAACAACGCUCCACUCCGCUUGUCGUCAAUCAAUGCUCCUGUGGCGAAUGCAUAAAGCGAAAAGUUGUGGAGUUGACUAAACCAUCCAAGAGCAUGUACAGUUUGCACAAUUACAACGCAGAGUCUAAUGGGGCCGAUAAUGCAUUACCCGUUGUAAAGAGUGUCGAACAAGGCGAAGAGUGUGAAUUGGGUGCGUCCGCUAUUACUUCCAGUGGCAAUACAGUGUCGAGUACUACACUAAAUUUGCCACGUUGCUAUCAAUGCCAUUGUCCAAAAUUGAUGUGCGAUUGUGACGUCGACAGGGUGACGGGAGUUGCGAGUGCCGAGUGCGGCCAAGGGCCAUACAAGUGUCAAUGGGUGCGUAUGGAUGAGGACGAUGAAGAAUUGAAGAAAACAUGUUUCGAAAUGCCCGAAGAUCAUGAGUGUCCAAUCGAUUGUUAUGGCGAGAAUGCUAUUUGCGAUCCGGAAUGUGAAUGCGAUUGUGAAAGUUGUGAAUGCCGCCCAGAAGAAUCAUCCGAUUAUGACGAAGUUGAAACGAUGGAGGAGAAAGGUGAAGAGGAGGAACAGAUGUUCAAUGAACCGACUACUUCUACGAUAUGUAACAUAUCGGGCCAUAAUUUACCGCUUGCUGCGUAUGAUGAUUGUAGAGUACCUAAGGCACAUGUGGUUGAAGAGGAGUCUGGUCCACCGACAACUAUCGCAACGGUAGUAGGCCAUAGAAAGGAGGCGAGUCUCACCACCACUGAUCUAGAUGUAAGGGAGGAGGAGGAGGAAAGUGAAGGCGAGAAAAUCAAUAAGAUUUUGGGAUCAAUGCUAUAAAUUUUCAGUAUUCACAGUUCGCUUUAGAAGGGCCCAAAAUCAUGUUUUGUUUCUUUUUCGAUUUAAAUCUAUUGCAAUUAUAUCAAAUGUGAAGAAAAAUUUCUUAUGAAAUAGUAACUAUUAAAACUAGCAAGAUUU